AUGGAUACCAUCUUAAUCUUCAGCCUCAUUGUUGCAUCCUAUGAUUCCAACAAGAACGAUCCCAGAGAGAGCAGCUGCCAAGUGGAACAGCUACCCAGCUUCUUCCCAAAGGAUGUGAGAAGCCAAAUGGAUUUCGUAAUAAGAGUUCUUCCAGAAAUUCACACAGAUGUCAAAGGGGCCCCGUUCAUCCAAAAUCAGACUAUAACUACCCUGCAGUGCCUUGGCUCUGGGAGGAGAGUGAGAGUCCACCUUGUGUAUUCAGAGGGAAGGCCAAAGGUCAAGUACACGCUGAAGAACCUGAGAGUCCACCAUAGAAACAGCAAGGCCUCCGCAAGCUGUCACCUCAUGCCCACUUCCCAGUUUCAGAAUGGAUCCCUUCUAACAGCUUUCUUACCGGGGAUCUAUCAGUGCAAGGUCUACCCAGCAAAGGGUAGAUCUGCUUCAUCAGAGAUGGUGCCCAUCACUACCACCUCCACAGCUGCUAGAAGUAAAGGAGAGAAAACUACAAGCACUGGGGGCUUUUCCAGCCCUUUGUCACAAGACACAGAUGUGUCCUUAAAGGAGAGGCAGAAAUGGAGUAUUGUCACCAAAGCUCUGAUUGCUGCUACUCUGCUGCUCAGUGGAGUCAUCAUUAUAGUAUUUGUAAUCUUUGAAGUCCCAUGCCCAAGUCCCUGCCUCAGAGCCACAAGGCUGUGCCAAUGGCAAUGGUUAUGGAGAAGGGAAAGGAAGGAGGACCAGCAACCUGGGACAACUGAGUCCCAGUUGGACUCGCAGCCUGAGAAGGUUGGACAAGAUGUUCCUAACUCUUCAGACUCAAAGAAAACUACAGGGAUCACUAUAAUCCACCAGACAUACUUCUGAGUUCUGCUUAGCUUUACUCUGAAUGCAAGUGCUGUAUUCUACACCACUGUCUUCUUAUUGCACAUCAUUACAGGAUGACUCUUGAAGCCCUUACACUCGUAUCUUCACGGGGACAUUAUAAUCAAAUGAUAUGCCAGGGCAGUGAAGGAA